AUGAAAAAAAUUGUGCUCGCAUGUGUCGUAGCAGCCACUGUUUUGGUGGUAGUUAUUGGAUUCUUAUAUAUGCUGAGAAAAUAUCAACAAAGUAAAGUGCGGACUCCUAAUUCUGUUGAAUUGUUAUCAACCGUGGAGCAUAGAUUGAUUUGUGUUGCUACAAGUAAUUUUAGCGAAGCAAACUUGCUUGGAGUAGGAAGUUUUGGUUCUGUUUACAGAGGAAUGCUUUCGGAUGGGACAGAUGUAGCGGUAAAAAUUCUAAAUUUGCAAGUUGACGGAGCUUUCAGAAGUUUUGAUGCAGAAUGUCAAGAGCUUUGUGUUGCUACAAGUAAUUUUAGCGAAAACUUGCUUGGAGUAGGAAGUUUUGGUUCUGUUUACAGAGGAAUGCUUUCGGAUGGGACAGAUGUAGCGGUAAAAAUUCUAAAUUUGCAAGUUGACGGAGCUUUCAGAAGUUUUGAUGCAGAAUGUCAAGUGUUGCGAACAGUCCGUCAUAGAAAUCUUGUUAAAGUCAUAAGUUCAUGCUCUAACCCUGAGUCCGAGCCUAUUGUUCACUGUGAUUUGAAGCCAAGCAACGUUCUGUUAGAUGAAGACAUGGUUGCUCAUUUGGGUGACUUCGGCAUUUCCAAAAUUUUAGUUGAAAAUAGGAUUGCAACACAAGCCCAGACUUUGGCUACCCUUGGCUAUGUUUCCCCAGAGUAUGGUUUGGAAGGAAGAGUUUCAAUGAAAUGCGACAUAUACAGCUAUGGAAUGAUGUUGCUAGAGAUAUUUACAAGAAAGAGACCCACCGAUGAAAUGUUUGCUGGGGAACUGAGUUUGAGACAAUUGGUGAAAGGAUCACUUCCAAACUCAGUAGUGGAAGCGGUGGAUGGCAACUUGUUAAGAUUAAUCGAAGUCAGCGAAAACAUGAUCGCUUAUCUUUUACUAAUCUUGGAAGUAGGUUUGGAGUAUUGUGCAGAAUUGCUUGAAGAGAGAAUUAACAUAAAAGAUGUGUUUGUAUUUCUGUAA